AGAGGCUUUAAGAUAUGAUAUGAUGAAAACAAUUAUUAAACAGAGUUGACGAUGCCUGAGCAUUCGCCAUCACCAACACCGGAGAGAGCUAUUUAUGGCUUUGUACUUUACCUCCUGUCAUAUGUUAUCUUUUUUACCUAUGUUAUAUGGGCCUAUGUUCCAGAUGAGUGGUUAUAUGCAAUAGGAUUAACUUAUCUACCUCAAAAAUAUUGGGCUAUAGCACUACCAACAUUUGCCUGUGUUACAUUUUUAUUAGCCUUCCCAUUUUAUAUGGGAAUAAUUUUAAUACAGACUCCAUCAUUAUCAUCACAUAGUGUCUCUACAGAUUCCUACACCAGACGAAGACCGUCAGAGGAUAUUCCUGAAGAUGCUAUACCACCAUUGUAUGAUUUGACUACUGAAGAAAUUAACCAAAUGUUACAAAUUACUAAUGAUAAAAAAUAUCAUUAACAGACAAUCUGCGGUAAAUAGAUAAAUAACAAUGGAGUUUUUAAAAUUUAUGCUGUAAAAUUAUAUGAUAGUCUGUUGAUUUGUAUUAUUUAUUCUGUUAUGCUUUUAUAAUUAAAUAAAUUGAUGAAUUAUAUCA